GCCAACGUCGGCACGUCCAUCCAGGUGGACUCCACUGCCAGAGGGUCAGCAGCCGCCUGGGCCAUACUGCCCGUCUUGCUGCUGGCCAUGGCGGGAGCAGGCGGCUACCUGAUGUGGAGGAACUGGCAGCUGAAGAACCAGAAGAGCAUGAACUUUGACAACCCAGGGGGACUACCCUGUAAACCAGGCAUCCCCAAACCAGCCCCCCCACAGUUCAAACCCCCACUGCCCUCAGCCAAGUCCAAGCAAGGAACGCAUCUCCAAAGAGCAUCUCCAGACGGCCAGAGCUUCCGCUCUCUGGGAGACGAAAGCCCCAACGAGCACAAGAGGAAACGGAACCUGCUCAAACACGGAGGAGGAGGAGAGGAGUCUGAUGAAGACUAUGAGAACGUGCAGCUGCCAGAUUCUGUGUUCAUCGACUCAACUGAAACCAGUUUUGUGGAAAAGUUAUUCAGAGAGGGCCCUGUUCCUCCUCAGGACGGGCUGUAUGGCAUCAGAAACUCAGGAACCAAGACAACAAAGGUGCUGGUGGUGUGGGAUGUCAGCAUAAACAAAGCCAGAAACUACCGGCUGUUUGAGGAGGGUGACUGCAUAUUUCUGGAGGCGGAGUUGACCUUCCCUAACCUGCCCUCCCUGAUUGAACACUAUUACAGCCACCCUCUGCCCCAGCACGGCUCGCUGUGCCUGCAGAAGCCCUACUCCCUGUGAGCAGACAGCCCGAUUCUCCUCACAACUGCUCUGGAAAAACACGGAUUGGUUGGGCAUAUAAGUG